CCUCAGCCCCAUGUUCCGCUGGGCUCGCCGCUCUCCCCCCUCCCCUCCCUCCCCUCCCCUCCCUCCUUUCUCCUCCUCCCUCCGCUCCCUGUACCAAACCCAGCUCCUCCCUGCCGAAACCUUCUACCGCUUCCACUCUUUCCACUCCCCACCCCUGGAAGCCGCCGACUUCGACCCCAAGCCCAUGAUCCUGGUGAUGGGACAAUACUCCAGUGGCAAAACCACCUUCAUCCAGUACCUUUUGGAGGAAGAAAUCCCCGGGGGCAGGAUCGGACCCGAACCCACCAGCGACUCCUUCGUGGCCGUCAUGCACGGCCCCUCCCCCGCCCUCACCCCCGGCAACGCCCUGGUGGUGGAUCCCCUCAAACCCUUCCGAAAGCUGCAGGCUUUUGGCAACAAUUUCCUCAACCGGUUCCAGUGUGCUCAGCUGCCCAACCCGGUGCUGGAGAGCAUCAGCCUCAUCGACACCCCCGGGAUCCUGUCGGGGGCCAAGCAGCGCCUCAGCCGUGGCUACGACUUCCCCGCCGUGCUGCGCUGGUUCGCCGAGCGCGUGGAUCUCAUCGUCCUGCUCUUCGACUCGCACAAGCUGGAGAUCUCGGACGAGCUGUCGGAGGCCAUCGGGGCUCUGGCCGGCCACGGCGACAAGAUCCGCGUGGUGCUCAACAAAGCCGACAGCGUGGAGCCCCAGCAGCUGCUCAGGGUUUAUGGGGCUCUCAUGUGGGGCCUGGGCAAGGUGUUUGACACCCCCGAGGUGCUGAGGGUGUUCAUCGGGUCCUUCUGGGCGCAGAGGCUCCUGGUGACACACAACAGGGACUUGUUUCAGCUCGAGGAGGCCGAUUUGUUCCGGGAGAUACAGAACUUGCCCCAAAAAGCCGCCCUCAGGCAGCUCAACGACCUGGUGAAACGAGCUCGGCUGGUCAGGGGGCUACCAAGAGCUCUUGGAGGGUCUUGUGGCUACCAAGAGCUCUUGGAGGGCCUCAUAGCUACCAGGAGGUCACAGGGCCACCAGGACUCAUUGGAGGUCCUUGUGGCCACCAGGAGGUCACAGGGCCACCAGGACUCAUUGGAGGUCCUUGUGGCUACCAGGAGGUCACAGGGCCACCAGGACUCAUUGGAGGUGGUUGUGGCUACCAGAGGCUACUUGGAGGUCCUCAUGGCUACCAAGGGGCUACCAAGAGCCUUUGGAGGGCCUUGUGGCUACCAGGAGGUCACAGGACCACCAGGAGUCAUUGGAGGUGGUUGUGGCUACCAGGAGGUCACAGGGCCACUAGGACUCAUUGGAGGUGGUUGUGGCUACCAAGGGGCUACCAAGAGCUCUUGGGGCUACCAAGAGCUCUUGGUGGUGGUUGUGGCUACCAGAGGCUACCUGGAGGUCCUUGUGGCUACCAGGAGGUCACAGGGCCACCAGGACUCAUUGGAGGUCCUUGUGGCUACCAAGGGGCUACCAAGAGCUCUUGGUGGUGGUUGUGGCUACCAGAGGCUACCUGGAGGUCCUCGUGGCUACCAGGAGGUCACAGGGCUACUGAGACUCAUUGGAGGUGGUUGUGGCUACCAGGAGGUCACAGGGCCACCAGGACACAUUGGAGGUCCUUGUGGCUACCAGAGGCUACCUGGAGGUCCUUGA